UGUGUGUGAGCUCAUCAUUGUAUUGGUUGUGCUUCCGCAAGACUCACCACUCGAAUAGCUGACAUGGCGACUCGCCGGGGAGAUCGCGAUGCCGGACGGCUCAUACUCACGAACGCGACCCCGUUCUUGUGGAAGAGGAGCCUGAAGACUCCGAAAGGCAUGAGGCUUUGGUCUUUUCCCAAAGAGGUCGAUCCUGGAGAAAGCGUGGAAGUCGAGAUUGCUUUCUCCAGAAGAGCCAACGUGCACGGACAAGCCAGUUACCAGAUGGAGCUCGAGGACGGCCAGAGCGGUCCCGGAAACCCCACGUUCACCGUUUCGGCCACCGUGAACGGCCUGAGCGUGGAGCUGCCGGCAGAGAUGCGGAAGCCCGGGUGGUUUGCCGUGCCGCCGGCGCCGCACAAGGUGGCCGACACCGGCUGGCAAAAGGGAUGCGUAGUCAGCUUCACGAUCGGAUCUCUGGGAGGACAGCACGCGAGCCUUCGAGGCGGGCACACGCCUCGGUCCUUCCAGGGGGUCAAGAUGGCGUCGCUGAGGGGCGCGGCUGCCUUUGGCGGCAAUGGUAACAGGGAGGGCCGCGGAGCUCUGAUCCCCAAGCGCCAAUCAAGCGCCCGCGGUAACGGCGGUGGCGGUGGCGGUGUUGAGGGCUUCUUCGGCGGGAUCGGUCGACAUCUCCAAGCGGUCACGGAGAGCGCAGGCGGCCUGCUCAACGAUUGCGGUAUCGGAGCCCCGGCUCGCCCGGCCGGCGGCAAGGCAGAGGGGGACUGGACGACGGAGUGGAUGAAGACCUACGCCUCCGCCUUGGCCAACCUGAAGCUUUCGGAGAUGAGCCUUCCCGGGACGCACGACUCCGGAACGGCUAAGAUGCACAAUCCGGUCGUGAGUCCCUGGGCCAAGACCCAAAACCUCGGCGUUCUGGCCCAGCUCAAGGCCGGCGUCCGCGUCCUCGACCUCCGGUGCGGCUACGUGGGCCGAGAAGCCCAGAAAAACGACCGGGUUCAGGACGGCAUCGCCGUGGUGCACGACAAGCACAGGACCUCGCUGAGCCUCCGGAAGGCGCUCGAGUGCGUCAAGGGCUUCGUCCAGGCGCACCCCAGUGAACUCGUUCUCCUGGACUUUCAUCGUUUCCCAGGACUAGGGCACGGCGCCCCGCACGAGAAGGCGGCCGCGGUAGUGCUGAGCGUCCUCGGCGGGGAAGAGCCGGUGAUGAUCCACCCCAAGUUCCGCCACUUGCCUUUCGGGCGGAUCAUGAGCCAGCAGAAGGGGAGGGUUGGCAUCUUGUGGAACGCCGUUGAGGCGAGGGAGCCGCACUUCUGGCCGGGCGUCAGGCAGGCCUGGACCGGGGCGGAAAGCGUUCGGUCCCUCCACGACUUGGCGGAGGCUGAGCUCGCCGAAAAGAACGGGCUGCUUUGGUCGCUGCCGCUGGUCCUGCCGGCGGGGGUUCCCCGGCCGGUGCCCCAUAUCCCGGAACACUUAGACGACUGGCUUUCUGCAGGCGGGGUGUGGCAAGACCACGCGAGCAUCGUUACGUGCGACUUCGUCGAGGAGACACAGCUCGUUCGCAACUGCGUCGGCGCAUGCCUCAUGAAGAUGGCCAGGGCUAGCGCUGAAGGCGACGCGGCCGCCCACGCCGGCGGCGGCAAGCAUGGCGGCGGCGGCGGUAAGCAUGGCGGUGGUAAGCAUGGCGGCGGGAAGCACAGUGGCGGCGGUGGUGGCGGUAAACAUGCCGGCGGUGGCGGCGGUGGCGGUAAGCAUGGCGGCGGCGGUGGCGGCAAGCACGGCGAAGGCAAUCAAGGCGGGGGCGGCGGUGGCGGUGGCGGUGGUGGUAGUGGUGGCGGCGGUGGUGGCGGUCACAAGAAGCAAGGUGGCGGCGGCAAGAAGUGAAGUGCUGCCGCAUAACGCAGCCCUCGAGAUACGGCGGUUUUCGUUCCAAGACAGCGACCGCGUGUGAAAAUAUGACCCCCGCAAGACGUGACGCAUGCCGCACGCAUCCAGCUGCCAUCCGACGAAAAGGAGUGUUACGUUCGAGCCCAACAAUGGGCUGGUCUCGGCACGUGUUUAAAAAUUAGAAGCCGCCCGGUGUAGAGUAAGUAGUACGUGGACAUGCUGUGCAUAAAACGGUUGGGGCCAUGGCGAUACAUAUUCACAGAGCAAGGUAGAUAGAGCCUCUGGAGGUGUUUCCGUGUUGUGAUCAGUAGACAGCUUACACUUAAGAUCUUUGCACAGUAUUUUUUGGAAGCUUUCUUGUUUGAGUCCCGCCCUGGUUGCCUUUUUCCGUGUGUGUGUGUAAGAGCCCGACAUAUCAAUAUGUUAUCCACCUGGGUCCCGGGAGUCUCUUUUUUUUCUCGAGGUGAUGACUCUCUAAUCCCCAACGUUUUCCUUCAAGUAUGUAGCGUCACUGCAUAGUUGUAUGAGGAUUGCGGGAAAGGGAGAACGAUGCUUGCGACGUAGCAGGGGGCGGUUGCAUUUUUGUUGUCGCUCGCGAACACCGGUUGCCGCUUCAAGGUGCGGGUUCCGAAGCCGCCCUCUCUCGUGCUAACUGUUGAACUCGGACAACGUUGAGCAUUGGUGAAAUCCUGUAGCGCAACGGCGCGUUAGCUGCCCUAGUGUAUGAACGAAAGACGUGGCAACGAUCGCGAUUGUUUUGGUGGGCGUUUCUUUAUUCAGGUUUAUACAGACGACGCGCAUACACGCGAAGGUCUCGACCCGAGCUAGACGACAAGCAAUCUCAACGUCGAUGCUGCUUGAAGGUGUUGGCGCUGGGUGCGCUGUUUCGGGUUGAGCGUUUACCCGCGUCUCGCUCCCUGUCUGCAUGACUUGCGUACUAACGACGUCAUUUAGAGUUUUCAUUCCAGUGUUCGCAGACUUCGGGUACGUGGAACAUCUCCACAGUGCAAUGGUUAGGCACCCUUUCGACUAGGUGAUUAGAAACUUCGUGCUACCCGCAACCGUAUCUGACACAAGAUAGCACACCCCCUGGACCGAUUUCAAAGCUCGAUUACUCCAAGACGAAAAGGAUGCAUAAACGAAAUGAUACAUAUUUCGAAAAGCUCUUGACGAGACGGCUUCAACGCCGCCGUUGUCGGCGCUGCGAUUGUUCCUGCAGUUGAGAAAUCAAGCUUCGAAAAUCGGUCAAGGGGGUGUGUUAUCUUGUGUCAUAUACGGUAUGCCGUUGUUUGUUUGUCUCCUUGUUUCGAUGGGUUUCACUUCACCCCUUCAUUCGAUGUCUCUCUUGUUUCCUAUCUUCAGUCCUGUUACAGAAUUAUCUUAUUUUAGUCUACCUUGUAUGUAUUAUGUGACACCCUUCGUUGUAACUUUCUUUGUAGGAAGAUGAAGGCUGGCUUUGAGACGUGUAUUAUUGUUUUUUUGCUCACGCUUUCGCGAAUUCAAGUGCUGGUAUGCCGUAAUGGGGCGUAGCUUCCAACGCGGUAUUGUUUGUCAAAUAAUUACGAUGUGUGGCGGGAUGGCUUGCCGAUGAAUAUUCGUAGGGGCUGAAUGUAUUUCGGAGGGCACUGGCUUCGGGGAAAAAUAUCACUGCUUUCUUCGAAGGCACAU